CGUCCGGGUGGAGUGGCAACUGGGUCGCGGAAGCGAAGAAAACGUCUCCGCCGCACGCAACGCCAGAAACCCCCUUCCUUCCCAUUCCCACUGCUCGGAUUGCUUUCCCCACCUCCACCGCCACCAGACCAGAUAGCAAGCAACCGACCCCUCCUCGCUGUAUUCGCAGGGAAGGAGAAGAUGGAGCCUGGCCAGAGCGGGACUGAGCAGGCCUCUCCACGCGGGAACGAUUGGGAGGUCGUGCAGCUCACCGCGUCCGCAUACGCCGCCGCGCCCGCUCCGAGGAAGCCCGAGCCCUCCGACGAAGCGGAAGCUAAGAGAUACGGCGCAAAGGGGGACGAUCUAGCCGCCGGCCUACUCAUGUCCGGCCACUUCUCCGUGUCUCAGAGCGAGGUCGAGAGCCUCCUCGUAGGCGCCGACACCAAAGAACCACCGCCCAAGGACAAGGAGGAGCCUUGCGAGCAUACUAAGCUGCUGGAGGACGACGUCCCCACCAUCCCGUUCGAUGACGGCAAGGCGCUGAAAGGCAUGGGUCUGGUCGGGGAAGAGCCGGCCGGGUUCUCGUCGCCUGUCUACAGCUCCAUCACGGAGAGCAGGAGUGACAAGAGGAGCGAGGAGCCUACUACUCUGCAUAGUUUCAACCCCGUGACUGGCUCAACAAAGGUCGUCUCACCUGACGAGCAGAGCGAGCCUGCUGCUGGGUCUGGGUCCGGGUCUGGGUCAGGCCCGCGUGAAGCGUGGUGGAAGAAGCAGCUUCUCUCCCUUUACAGGAACGCCAAGGAGAGCAAGCAUCUCUGGCCUAUCGUCGCCACCACUGCUGCUUUGGUGGGCCUGGCGUAUCUGGGGCGGCGCUGGCAUAAGGGCAGGCUGCAGUUUCAGCUGCUCAAGAUAUCGCCUUCUACCAACAAGGAGAAAAUCAGCGACGCGGUUGGACCGUUAAACCGCAUCAACGACAUUCUCGUUGCUGGCAACCACCCAAGUCACGGUGUCCAUGGGCAUGCCCGUGCAGGCUGAAUGCAGUCAGUUCGCGAACCCAUCGGGCGUCCUGGACCCAUAUACUAUCAUGUGUCGCUUUGAGAAUCGGCUCAAGACAAACCAUCGGGCAGGACUGGAGUAGUUGUCCAAGGACUGAGGAUGUUUAUGCAGACACAAGUAUGUUUGGUGGCUCGAUGUAUGUGAAUUCCAAAACUCCAUCUGGGUAUGUAAAUAUUUGUAUGGGUUUAGUUUGGUUGCUUUUUCGUUUGGUCAUCUCAUGAAACCUCUGCUGGUGGUUUCCUUGUCUAUAUUACUGUCUUAUUUGGGGUUCGUUCAUGCAUGCAUACAUGUGAUGGGGCAUAAUAUCACUGGAUUUUAUUUCACCGUCAUGUUGGCUGGCUGGCUGCUACCGUGAAGGUAGCCUGGUUGUUGCAGUCCCUUGUAU